GCCUCUGUUCCUUCACUCUCGUGUCUCUCCUCCAAAUCUGUUCAUGCUCUCAAUCUCCUUUCGGCGGACACUUAAGAAUGCCUGGCCUUCCUUUCAGCUCCAAUGAGCACGACUGAAGCCUCACAAAAUGGACCCUCGUCUUCUACUCCUCACCUUGCUUGCUCUCCUUGGUUCUUGCGCUUGCGCUUCCAUUCAUGGUGAUGCCUUGGCAUUAGCUUCUCUAAGAGAAGGCUUCCUUUCUUCCACCUCACAACUUGUGGGCUGGAACACUUCCAAUCUGCUCUCUGUCUGCUCCUGGUUCGGAGUUCGGUGCGAGCAUGAUCGCGUCGUCGGGAUCGACAUCUCUAACCUGAACAUAUCCGGCUCUGUUGCAAUGGACAUCUCUGGCCUUGACUCCCUCGUCAACCUCUCCCUUGCCGGGAACCAGCUUCACGGUGAGAUCAGAGUGUCGAACUUGCCGAGCCUUCGAUACCUCAACAUCUCUUCCAAUCAGUUCCACGGCGGGCUGGAUUGGAACUACUCGAGCCUGCCGAGCUUGCAGGUGUUCGACGCCUACGACAACAACUUCACAGCCUCGUUGCCGCUCGGCGUCCCAGACCUGAGGAGCAUCAGGUACUUGGACCUCGGUGGCAACUACUUCAAUGGCAGCAUCCCGGCGUGCUACGGGAGCUUAGCUGGUUUGAAGUACCUCUCGCUAGAUGGCAAUGAUCUCAGAGGUCGAAUUCCCAGCGAACUGGGCAAUCUCACGAGCCUCCAGCGGCUCUAUUUGGGCUACUACAACGUGUUCGACGGCGGCAUCCCAGUCGAGCUCGGCAAGUUGAUCCAUCUCGCCCAUCUCGACCUGUCGAGCUGCGGCCUCGGCGGACGAAUCCCCCACCAGAUCGGUUAUCUGAUCAACCUCGACACCCUCUUCCUCCACACCAAUCGGUUGUCUGGCCCGGUGCCGCCGUCGCUCGGCAACCUCACGAGGCUGGUCUUCCUCGACCUGUCGAACAACGAGCUCACAGGAGAACUCCCGCAGCAGCUCGCCGCGCUCACGGAGCUCAGCCUGUUGAACCUCUUCAUGAACCGGCUGCAUGGGCCGCUGCCGGCGUUCCUCGCCGUGCUACCGAAUCUGGACACUCUGCAGCUCUUCGUGAAUAACUUCACCGGCGGCGUACCGGAGAAACUCGGCGGCAGCGGCCACAUCCGCGUGCUCGACCUUUCGUCGAAUGAACUUACCGGUACGAUUCCCGCAAACCUGUGUCCAUCGAACGGGCUCCAAGUUCUCAUCCUCUUCAGGAACUUCUUCUUCGGUCCCAUCCCCGAGAGCUUGGGCAUGUGCUUGAGCCUAACGAGAGUGAGGCUCGGUCAGAACUCUCUCAAUGGAAGCAUUCCUUCAGGAUUCCUGUACUUGCCGCAGAUCAACCUAUUAGAGCUCCAAGACAACCACCUCUCCAGUCCGAUGCCGGAGAAUUCCAACACUAGCCGGAGACCAACCCAACUGGUCCACCUAAACCUCUCAAACAAUUCGCUCACCGGUCUUCUUCCUUCCUCGAUCCGCAGUCUAUCUUCGAUCCAAACCUUCCUUCUCGGCCGCAACCAGUUGACCGGUCUGAUCCCUAGCGCCAUCGGCUCCCUGAGUCACGCAAUUAAGCUCGACCUUAGCUGCAAUGGCUUAUUGGGCUCGAUCCCACCCGAGAUCGGAAACUGCACCCGGCUCACCUACCUCGACCUCAGCCAGAACAACCUCUCCGGCCCCAUUCCGCCGGAGAUCGCCGGAAUCGGGGUGCUAAACUAUCUGAAUCUUUCGCGCAACCAACUGAACGGGUCGAUACCGAGGUCGGUCGCGGCGGCGAUGAGGAGCCUCACGGCGGCCGAUUUCUCCUUUAACGAUCUCUCCGGCUGGCUGCCGAACUCCGGGGAGUUAGCCUACUUGAACGCCACCUCCUUUUCCGGCAACCCCAAGCUCUGCGGACCGGGUUCGAACAACUCGUGCGACUACGUGGCGGGGGCACCCCGGUCCGGACGCUCCCACGGGGACUUCGAGCUGGCCCUUCCGCUGGCGCUUCUCCUCAGCUGCUUCGCGCUUGCGCUGGCGGCGGCGGUGCGGGACAGGUCGCAACGUGGCGGGUCCGACGGGGCCACGUGGCGGCUCGCCGCCUUCCACCAGGUGGAUUUCGGAGUGUCGGAUGUGCUGGAGUGCAUGAAGGAGGGUAACGUGGUCGGGCGCGGCGGCGCGGGGGUGCUGUACCGCGGCCGGACCCGUGCCAACGGCGAUAUUGCAGUGAAGCGGCUGGUGAGGCUGGGAUCGAACGGGCACGACCGCCGCUUGGACGCCGAGAUCCAGACGCUCGGCAGCAUCCGGCACCGGAACAUCGUCCCCCUGCUCGCCGUCUGCUACAUCACGGGGAAGACCAACGCGUUGGUGUACGGGUACAUGAGCAACUGCAGCCUGGGGGAGCUGCUGCACGGCGGAGGGGGCGAGCGGUUCGGCUGGAGAAGACGGUACAGGAUAGUGGCGGCGAAUAUCGAGGGACACGUGGCGGACUUGGGGCCGGCCAAGUUCUUGCUCCACGGCGGUGGCUCCGAGUGCAUGUCCGCCACCGCUGGCUCCCACGGCUACAUCGCUCCAGAGUAUGCGUGCGCUCUCAAGGUGGAUGAGAAAAGUGACGUCUACAGCUUCGGGGUGGUGCUGCUGGAGCUCAUCACCGGGCGGCGGCCGGUCGGAGGAUUCGGGGACGGCGUCGACAUCGUUCAGUGGGUAAAGAGGGCCACUAGUUGCAGCGGGGACAACGUUGGACGCAUCGUGGACUUAAGAUUUUGCAGAAUGCCGACAAUGGGGGAGGUGACGCAUGUCUUCACUGUUGCCAUGCUGUGUGUCCAAGAGAACGGUGUCGAGAGACCAACGAUGAGGGAGGUGGUGCAGAUGCUCUCUGAAGGAGAGCAGAGGACCAACCUCCAUUCUCCUCAUCAUCAUCCUCCUCUUGUAGGAGAGCAGAGCAGCGGCGAUAGGGAGAACAAAUGCUUGAAGCCAUUUCCAGACCUCUUGGCCUAGUGAUCAGUGAGCUGUAAGAGUUCAUAUUCCUUCA